AUUUUAGCGGGACAUGGCGCUCCUUACCAAUUUAGCCGUCUUGCUGGUUAUUGCCUGCAUAUCUCAGCAGUUUAUGGUGGCUAAAUGUCAAGGAUCCAAAAGAAGUGAGAUGAAGAAAGAAAAAGAGGGACCAAAGGACAGAGAGCAACCAAAGCCCUCCGUCCCGUCUCCAGAGAAGAAAGACAGCAGACCCAGAGGAAAGGGUGUUUUCAAGGGCAAAUUCUCCGCCAAAGACAAGACGCAGUGCACUUGGGUUGCGACAGGUGAUGAUGCCUUUGUGCUUGGCGUGAACUGCAAAAAAGGGGAAACAAGUUUCGACUGCAAAUAUGUGGCCAAACCAGCCACUUGCCCUGGGUACGAGUCCAACGCCAAAGCCUACUGGAAACAGAUUGCGCGCGCUCUAAAGAAACAGAAGAAAUUAUGCUUGGACUCCACCGCUUUAAUUAAAGCAGGUAUGUGCAGAAAAGCUCCCAAGGACGCGCAUUUCAAACUUAACAAUACACCCAGAGAUGUUGUUGUUCCAAUGACUACCAUUCAGACGCGUUCAUCUCCUUCUGCCUCUCCAUCGGGUGCCAAAUCUUGCAAAAUUGAUCAGAAGAGACUGGCGGAAGAAUAUUGCGCGGGUUCGUGGUCGAGUUUGUGUAAUUUCCUUUUCUCCAUGGUCCAGAAUGAUGAUUGUUGAUGUAAAAUAAAUGAAUUUACAUGUCCUCACUCCCAAUUGGUUGUCAUAAACAAAAUAAUUAACACUUUUUGCUACUUCUCCUCAUGAAGAUGAAUGCAUUUUGAUGGAUUGUGAGGAGAACCUAGUUUAAAGACAGAUUAUUGAGUACAUUUACAUGCACCCUACUAAUUCGAUAUUUAACUGAUUAUGUUAGUAGGCAUAUUAUGCAAUAGUCACGUAAACCCCUUACUCUGUUUAUCUUAGUCACCGUAAGGUCAAAAUCUAAGUAAACAUACGCCGAUUAAAACACCUGGUUUUCUGAGCAAUCUUUCGAAUUAUUAGGACAUGUAAACACCUUUACUCGGUGUUCCAGCGGUGUAUUUGAUAUGUGCAUGUGCUAGCACCAGCCGAGCGAGCCUCCCUUUUUAACUGCGAGCGGAGUGUGUUUGGAACAACUGAAUGUAUGCAUUUUAGAAGUACUUUUCACAUACAAACUUUAUACGUCCGAACUCAGAAUCAAAUAUGC